UUUGCUUUUGAAAGAAGUGCCAAUAAUAGGGAAUUGGAGGGAGGAGGAGGCUAGAAGCGAAGGAUAUCGGCCGGUUGGUACAGUCUGGAGCAUUCGGAAGUGGCUGGUGGCUGCAUUUCGACUAUAACCAGAUACGUUGUGAUGCGACCACAUGUGGCUAUCCAGGCCAUUUUAUACGUUCGAGGUGGAGAGCGAGACUUUAGAAUAACUUCUGAGAGGUACGAUGUCAUCCAUUAUAAGGUUUCUGCUACCACGCAAGGAUUGCGAAGACCCUCUUUUGCUCAUCUCUCAUCUCCUUCCUCUGAACGAUGGCCAUCAACUAACAAAAUUUCCGCCUUCCAAACCCACUGCAGAAUUAACGCUUAUAGCCCUGCUCUCCUCGCCCUUCUUAGGAGACCUCGUAAGAUCAGUACCGUAUCCCACCUCAGCCAUCUCGAACCGAUCCCCCGCCGUCCUCAGAAUACAGUCCACCAGCUCAAACCAUAUGCCAUCGGUGGGACCAAAACUAAGCCUAAGUACAGCGACCCAACCCCUAUUACCAACCACCCCGGCCCCUCCGCUGAGAGUAUCGUUUUUCGUGGCCGACGCCAGAUCGACGAAUGAUGGGAACGGCAGACGUGAAUAGUCUGGAAGUUCGACUACUCGAAUUGUAGGAAGGCACUGGUAUACCCACCAAGGCCGCCAUUAACGCUCCUCUCCUCCUUCUCUUCGAUUCUCCUUGGCAUCGAAUACCAGCCCAAGAUUCUCCUUUCCGAUAUUUGCGUACGCUUGCAGACGUAAGUUGUUAUGUUAGCUUUCCAGCUCCUUGCAGCAUCCGAU